AUGGCUACUAGACAGAGGCCGUUGACGCCAUUGGACGGUUCGCGCACCAUUACUCUGCAGGACAGCCAGCGAGCAGAAGAUACAUCAGUGCCCAAUGCUGCGAGCAGCGAGACUGUAGGAGCGCUUCGCCUGCGCGGGGCUCCCCGAAAUCGGCAACAAGUGGUGUGGCGGGAGGAUGUUGUUGACAACGAGGGUGCGGGGAGGAAAUCGUCGAAAAUCUGUUGCAUCUACCAUAAACCUCGAAAGUUUGACGAGUCUUCUGACGAAGAGUCGUCUGACUCUGACUCGGAUUCCGACUCCUCCUGCGGGCAUGAUCACGACCACCCACAUCCUCGGGGAAGGCGCGACGGUCCGGAAAACGCAAACGGCGACAAUGCGACCAUGAGAAGCGGUCAGGGUGGCGUGGUGCACGAAUUAGAAGAUGAUGAAGACGGGCCGAAUGUAUACGAGAAGAUACCGGGCAGGAAGCCGAAGAAGACCCCCACAAAUAAAUGA